CCAGAAGUCAUUAACUGUUCCUGCAAUUUUGAAUAAACAAAAUGAGCGGAAUCGAUGUGAUAUCUUCAUCCAUUAUUGGCAUGGCAAGCGAUGCCCCUCCCAUCUCAAGGUUGGAGCUAUCUCCAUUCGAUUUACGCUUACUCUUACUCGAUCCUAUACAGAGAGGGAUUCUCUUUCGAAACCCUAAAUUCCACAAAAUCGACAUCCCUCGCCUCAAAACCUCACUCUCCCGCACCCUAGACUUCUUUCCUCCGCUCGCCGGCCGCCUCGGCUCCACCGCGCAUGGAGACGGCACCACCAGCUUCUUCAUGGACUGCAACAAUGCUGGAGUCGAGUUCACUCACGCAGUCGCCGACGGUAUCUCCGUUUCCGACAUCAUCGACCCCAACUACAUCCCUGAGAUCGUGCCUUCCCUUUUCACGCUUAACGGAAUCCCCAAUUACGAAGGAGUCUCAAACCCUUUGAUCGGCGUGCAGGUCACUGAGCUCGCCGACGGCCUCUUCAUAGCCUGCACAGCCAAUCACGCCGCCAUAGACGGCGUUUCUUUCUGGCAUUUCUUAAACUCCUGGUCGGAGAUCACCCGCGGUUGCACUACGAUAUCUAAGCGUCCCGUGUUCGAGCGGUUGCUUCCGACCACCGUAGACGGCGGCCCGAUCCGCCUCCCUCCCUUGGAGAAGAACCUGUGGCGGAGCUUCGCUCGGCCUCCACUGCUGGAGCGUGUCUUCCAUUUCAGCAAAGAAAGCGUAGCUAAACUGAAAGCCAAGGCCAAUGGCGAAGCCGGCACCAACAGAAUAUCAUCUCUGCAAGCACUCUCGGCUCAUUUGUGGCGGAGCUCCAUGCGUUGCCGCCAGGGCACGGGCGGCGGAGAAGCCGGCUUCAUGAUGAGCGUGAGCGCGAGAGCAAGAAUCCCUCUCCCGGAUGGCUAUUUCGGGAAUGCGGCUUAUGGCGCUAGAACCGCCAUUAGUGAGGCCGAGCUGUUGCAGAAAGGAUUAGGCAACACGGCGUUGAAGAUCAAUGAGUUUGUGGCUUCGCACACCAAGGAGUGUGUAGAGAAAUUUGUGAGUGAUUGGGCUGAAAACCCUAAAUUGCAUGGCAAAGGGGGCUAUUCUUUCUUCAUCUCGAGUUCGCCUCGGCACAAUGUGUAUGGGAAUGACUUUGGAUGGGGAAAGCCAAUCGCUGUGAGAAGAGGAAACGGUCAGAAAGUUGACGGGAUGGUCACCGUUUAUCCUGCUGCCGAAGCCGGCGGCAUCGACGCAGAAGUUUUCCUGGCGCCGGAGGUGAUGCGGGCCAUGGAAGCUGACCAAGAGUUCAUGGAAGCUUUCACUAUCGGAGAAUAUGCAUACAGCCUCUAGGUUGAAGUUGGCAUUCCAUAUGUUUUUUGCUUCGUUUCAUCUAAUUAUGUUUUCUGCUUCAUGUUCGAAUGUUUUCUGCUUGUCUUUUUCCAAAAGAAAUUAUUAAAUAAAAAAGUUUCUAUUUAUUGCAA